ACAAAAAUCAUGAUUGUUUUGUCUCUGUUGUCAGCAGCCUCGAACCGCAAAUCCACGACUUGUUGGUUCUUUCUAGCCACAAACACAGACCAACCCCCCGCGCACAUUAGCCACCGUUAGUUGUCUCACUCUAAACUACACUUCUCCAGCAGCUGCAGGCUCUGCUCCACUUGCUACUUCUCUAGAAGAAAAUCUCUCUGCCACCAAACCCGUUUCGUUCACUUGGGUCUCUCUCUUUGAAGUUUGGUGUGUGUUAGUUAUGGCUUCUUUGAGACCUACCCUCUCUCACCUUUCCCUUUCCCAACCCAAUUUUCCUAGAAAAUCCUCUUGGAAUAACCAUCUACACUGUUAUUUCCACAAAAGGAUCACAAAGUUGCAAACUUUCAACGCUUCUAAGCCUUCCACUUUCAGGGUCUGCUGUGAUUCUCAAAAUUCCAAGAACCAAAACAAUGGAGAGGAACCUCCAGAGUCAUUAUUUAUGAAGGAAUUGAAGAGGAGGGGUAUGUCCCCUACAUCAUUGCUCGAUGAUUACAAGCAAAGCAACUACGGAAAUGAUGAAGAGGUGUAUGUGAAUGAAGAAGAUGGAGGUUUCCCAAACAGAAAUGCUGUCUCAACCAACGUUGAGAGGAGUCUGGCCAAUCAAAGGGAACGAUCUAUGGCACUGAACAGUGAAGGUCUUGAGGGCUUGAUACCUCGUGCUAAACUUCUGUUGACUCUUGGAGGAACAUUCUUCUUAGGAUUUUGGCCAUUGAUCCUAAUAACUGUUGCAUCUUUUUCUGCUCUUUACUUUUAUUUUGGACCGACUUUUGUCCAUGAUGCUAGCACGAUGGCUAUUUCACCUCCACAAUAUGUGGAUCCUUAUGCGCUCCUAGAAGAUGAAAGGAUAUCUCAGAUAGCACCUGGGCUAAAUUAAAGGCAAAGCUACACAUACUUAGGAAUCUAGUUACAUGUAUCAAAUUUCUGUUUACUUAGCCUUGGUUAAUUUAGUUCCAUUGUAAAAUAUCAUCCAGGAUGAACAUGUUAUCUAUUUUGCAUUCAUGGUUGACUCAAUUCUUUACAUGCCCUUUGCAUUUUGCACAGAUGCUUUGUAUAAUAUAUAUCUAAAUGAAAGUCCAUCAGAAGCAGCAU